UACAAACCAGUGUCCGGAGCUGUUAGGUCUGUCCUGGAUAGGUUAGCCCUGUGGACAGCCUCGCACCUCAACUUUACCGUCAAAGUAAACCAGUAAAUAGCCGAAGCCGUCAUUCCCAACCGGCUCGGUGAGCGUUUUGGUAUCUGUGUGGUCUCUCUGACACACACCGAACCACCUGCGAACACCGUGCCGGUGAUGGCACGCGACAGGACACACAGCAAGUGAGCUGCAGGUGGACGUGUUCCUCCAGCUCCUCUCAGCAGUGACAUGCCAGUCCCGGCCAUGGCGGAACCUGUGGUCGAUCACCAGAAACGCUUCCAGGCUGCUGUGGAUGUCAUCCACAACCUCCCCAAAAAUGGUUCCUACCGGCCGUCCUACGAGGUCAUGCUGCAAUUCUACAGUCUGUACAAGCAGGCGGUGUGUGGACCCUGUACAGUGGCUCGACCCGGCUUCUGGGAUCCUGUUGGUCGCUACAAAUGGGAUGCCUGGAGCCGCCUGGGAGAGAUGAGCAGUGAGAGCGCCAUGGAAGCCUACGUGGACGAGAUGAAGAAAGUGGCGCAGGAGGUCAUCAACACCAUGCCCAUGAAUGAGAAAACAGCCUCGCUCUUUCACCACUUUGAGCCACUCUACCUGGUGAUAGAUGACAUGCCGCGGCCUCCGCAGUCUCUGCUCACGCUCAGAGAUGGUCUUAAAGGCAGCGAGCAUGCCGACAGGCCGGCAGAGAUGAAGGGUGAGGAUGAGGUGCAGGGCAGUCCUGAAGAAGAUCCUUCUGGUCUACAGGGUGCUGAUCCAGAUCAGGAGUUCAACCUGUCUGAGGUCAUUGACCUCUCUGCCAACACCAUCCCUAACGACUCUGGUGUGUGUGAGGGUUUGGUGUUGACCAGUGACUCAGAGAGCGAGGUCUUCUGUGAUUCUGUGGAUUCAGUGGAGCAACUCCGCAACGUCAAGAUUCCAGUCAUCAAGACCAACGGUUUUCACAGCGACCAGGAGUCUUCUCCUGGUCUGAGCCAUGAGCUGGAGGGCCCUCUGGGGGUCAGACAGGUCGGAGCAGGUCAAGGUGGAGAGGGGGCAGAUGACGGGAAGGGUCAAGGUCCCAACAGGAGUCGUCGAGACACCGGGAGAGAUGGUUCUCAACACAACUGGAGAGAACGUGGUGUUCCACAGGGCAGUCCGAGGUGGGGGGGCCCGGGCGGUGGUGGAGGGGCUGGGCGAGGAGGAGGGGACGGUUCAGAGGGCGGUGUUGAGAGACUGCAUGAUGCCCAGCUGCAGCAGCAGAUCAUCCUGGCCCUGCGGAGGCUCCGAGAGGACAUGAGGAGUGUGAUGGAGCGGCUGGAGGUGGUGGAGAGGCUCGCUGCCACACAUGCACAGAGUUCAGAGUGGAGAACAUGUCUACAGUGUGCAGCCGCAGCCUCCAAACAGCAGGAGGACAGGUGGUGGCUGUUUGACAUGUCCAGUCAGACUGUCCUCCUCCUCCUGUUGUGGCCGUUUGUCACUCAGGGUCUGGUCUACCUGCUGAGGAGAGCCCAGAAGAGGAGUCGCAUUUCUUCAUGAAGCAAACCGACAACGACGACAUUCAACCAAUCACCUAUAGAAAUCCAUCGGUGCAAGAAGUUUAAUCUGUACAGCAGGAAGGAUCAAAUAUGAUGAGGAGGCUCAGCCCUGCCUCACUCUGUGCACUGAGCAAAGGGAGAGAAGUUUGUGGACUUGUCGCCUGCUUGAAGAGAGAUGUAUCUGGUUGUGUUGUACACCUCAGGAUGCAGAAAUCCUCUCACUCACUACAGCACCUAAAUCUGUUUUUGUGGAAUCAGCUGGCUUGAGUUGGGCAGCGGGAAGCAGAUCAUCAACAUUCUACCAAAGCUGGAUGAGUGCUUACACUGAUCAUGAGCCUGAGAUGCUGAUUAAGCCAGAAUUUAAGACGUGGAUUAUAUUAUUCUAUUACUCAAGUUAGUAAGACUUGGUGCACAAUUACUUUAUUCUGUUUACUUUUGGGGUUUGCUGCCAUAAAAUCUUUGAAUAUACAUAAUAUUGUUUCCUCUCAAAUGGAAAAAGUCAAUGUACACAUGUCUUGCUAAUAAGUUAUGUAGGUGUAAUAAUGUCACUGUGUCUCUGGUGUGGGGAGGAAGCAGUCUGCGGCUACACUUGUCAUUUCACUGUAAUCUUUCAGAUCUGAUUGUUGACCUCUGAUUGUUUGUCUCUUUAAAUGUAUAUUUAAGUCUUAUAAUGAAAAAAUGCUUUCAGUGCUCUGGUGCUGCAUCACAUCAAUCACAUCCAGGUCACAGCGACACUAAUAAUGUAUCUGAUUUUGUAGAUUCAACAUUAACAGAUUGUUUUGUAACCACCGGAGACAUCUAUUAUGACUCCGGCUGUAAUCGGAUGAUAAAGCACUGAAAUGACAAGUGUAAUUAAGACUGUCGUCAUCAAAUGAUGGGAGAGCUGUUUUCCAAACUGCCCUGUUAUGAACAGUUACUGUACAAUACUAAUGCAUGAGCUCAAAUUAAACAUCUAUAUUGAAUAGAAA